CGUGCCGCCACUUAAUUCGCCUGCUCUCGCGCGCUCGCGUCGCAUUGACACGCAUGCAGCCUAUUCCCAUAAUCACAAGCUUCAGUACAAGCUCUAUGAAAUUCGAUCGACAGAUCAAAGCGCGAGUCAAUCCUGUUUGACCCACCACCCGUCAAAUCGCCAGAUUCACCAACAACGACGACGACACUUACCGCACGCGAGAUCUUGUGCCCGAACCUCUAAUAACCCAGGAUGGACGAGAAUGAUGCCCUGCAGGGCCAGUCGAUUGAGGACCGUGAGAUCAUCCAGAACAAGAUAAUCAACGAAGAAUACAAGAUAUGGAAAAAGAACGCAGUAUUCUUGUACGAUGUAUUGUACAGUCGGGCUUUGGAAUGGCCGACACUGACUGCACAAUGGCUUCCGGACGUUCAAGAGGUACCUGGAAAGCCAUUCCGUAAACACCGACUUCUUCUGGGCACACACACAUCCGGUAGCUCAACAGACUACCUUCAAAUCGCGCGCAUUGAGCUUCCGAACCCUCCACCAAUGACCGUCGCAGAGUAUAAUGCAGCGUCAGAAGAGCUGGGAGGACACGGUGCGAGCAAAGAACCUAUCACCUUCUCCAUCGACCAGAAGAUCGUUCAUCCUGGCGAGGUCAACAAGGCGCGCUAUCAACCACAAAAUCCAAACAUCAUUGCGACCUGGGCAAACAACAACAAUGUUUAUAUUUGGGAUCGUACCAAGCACACGAGCGAGCCUGCGAACAAGGAGGAUGUCAAGCCGCAAGCGACACUCAGGGGUCACACUGCUGAAGGAUUUGGCCUGGAAUGGAAUCCGUUUGUCGAAGGGCAGCUCUUGACGGGUUCGGAAGACACCAGCGUGUGCUUGUGGGACGUAAAGCGCGACUUCAGUGUCGAAAACUCGGACAUAUCACCAGCCCGACGAUUUACUCAUCACUCGGCAACAGUCAACGAUGUACAAUACCAUGCGUUGUACGGACAGAACUUCUUCGGCUCGGUAUCGGACGACAUGACUAUGCAAUUCAUGGAUUUGCGCUCCGACACAAAUGAACGGCCUGCAAUCUUGUUCAAGAACGCCCAUACUGACGCCAUCAACACUCUAUCAUUCCAUCCGAAAUAUGACAAGCUCUUUUGCACUGGUUCGGCGGACAAGACAGUCGGUGUCUUCGAUCUGCGAUUCCCAGAACACGGCAAGAUCCACAGCCUUGAAGGCCAUCGCGAAGUGAUCACGAAAGUUGACUGGCAUCCACAUGACCCGGCGAUCAUCGCAUCGAGUUCUGAAGACCGACGCACGAUAUUCUGGGAUCUUUCAAGAGCGGGCGCCGAGCAAACGCCGGAAGAUGCCGAAGAUGGGCCACCAGAGAUGUUGUUCAUGCACGGAGGUCACACCAACAGAAUUAGCGAUUUCUCUUGGAACAGGAACGAUCCUUGGGUCAUGUGCACCACGGCAGAGGAUAAUCUUCUACAGGUUUGGCGUGCGAGCAGGCGCCUUGUCGAGGCAGCGCCGACUGGUGUACCCCGGGGAGAGAUUAGCGAGUAAUAAAAGUUCAAUACGCAGCAUUGACUUUCAGGCGUCAAUAUGACGUAAAGCCUGGGCUGUUCGAAUUUUUUGCAAGAUCGCGAGAAACCCGCGGUCACGAAUGAAACGAGGCGAUGUUAUUGUGCAGUCAUCGGUUGGGGCUGAUGGAUGGCCGCGUCGAAUUUCACGCGGAAAAAGGCGUUCGAGACGCGUCGCAGUAGAGAACUGUGAUGUGGGGAAAUGCAAAACCGAAAUCAUGGUGUGUAAUAAAUUGUCUCGUGUUCUGUCCAAUGUUUCCGGAUGGAAAGGCAGACUCGCACGCUCCGAGGGCUGUGCUGGCGGGAUGUCUAGUCGCACUGCAACGAUGACAGAGCAUCUGGGCCAACAGAAGAACACAGCCUCAAUCAAUGUGAACUCUUGCUUGUCUUG